AUGCGGAUUGACAGUGCAGUAGCGAGCCUGGCAGCCCUGGCUUCAGGUUGCAUGGCCCUAUCCACGAGGGGCUACGUGCCUAGAAGCCAUUCCUUGUCGCGACGCAAUGACAGUGCUCCGAUUUACAAGGAUGCGUCGUAUUGCAUCGACGAGCGUGUUGAAGAUCUCUUGGCCCGCAUGACCAUCGAGGAAAAGGCCGGCCAGCUUUUCCAUAACAGACUAUUUGAUGGUCCUCUUGAUGACGAAGGGAGCGGCGACAACGUCCACAACAGCACCGGCAACAUGAUCAGCGAAAAGCAUAUGACGCACUUCAACCUUGCCAGUGAUAUCACGAACGCCACUGAGACAGCCGAGUUCAUCAAUCGCAUACAAGAGCAUGCCUUGCAGACCAGACUGGGCAUUCCCAUCACUGUAUCAACCGACCCCCGUCAUUCCUUCACGGAAAAUCUGGGUACCGGCUUUCAGGCUGGAGUGUUCUCCCAAUGGCCGGAAUCAAUUGGCCUUGCUGCACUUCGUGACCCUUACGUCGUGAGAAAGUUUGCCGAGAUCGCGAAGGAGGAGUAUAUUGCGGUUGGGAUUCGCGCGGCUUUGCAUCCUCAGGUCGAUCUGUCGACUGAGCCGCGAUGGGCCCGUAUUAGUAACACCUGGGGUGAAAACAGCACCCUUACUAGUGAGCUCCUCGUCGAGUAUAUCAAGGGAUUCCAAGGCGAUACACUCGGCCCCCAGUCCGUGAUAACGGUUACUAAGCACUUCCCUGGAGGAGGCCCCGUAGAGAACGGCGAAGACUCUCACUUUACAUACGGGAAAAACCAAACAUACCCGGGAAACAAUAUGGAGGAACACCUGAAGCCUUUUAAAGCGGCGAUCGCGGCCGGGGCAAGGGAGAUCAUGCCGUACUAUUCCCGGCCCAUUGGCACGGAGUACGACCCCGUCGCUUUCUCAUUCAACAAGCAAAUUGUGACUGAACUGUUGCGCAAUGAGCUCGGGUUUGAGGGCAUCGUAUUGACUGACUGGGGUCUCAUUACGGAUACUUAUAUCUUGGGGCAGAAUAUGCCUGCCCGCGCUUGGGGUGUUGAGGAUCUGUCUGAGCUUGAGAGAGCGACAAGAAUCCUGGACGCCGGCUGUGACCAGUUUGGAGGUGAGGAGCGACCAGAACUAGUUGUUCAGCUUGUCCAAGAAGGUAUUAUCUCGGAGGAUCGGAUCGAUGUUUCUGUUCGCCGGCUGCUGAGAGAAAAAUUUGUUCUUGGCCUAUUUGACAACCCUUUCGUUGACCCCGAAGCUGCUGGCCGAGUUGUUGGGAAUGAUUACUUCGUCCGUCUGGGCAGAGAGGCGCAGCGGAGGUCGUAUACUCUCCUCAGCAACAGCGUCGACACUGUCCCCCUGAAGAAAAUUGAAGAGGGUACAAAGUUCUAUAUUGAAGGUUUCAACGCGAGCUUCAUAGAAUCAUGGAACUACACCGUCGUCGACAGCCCCGAAGAAGCUGAGUAUGCUCUUCUGCGGUACAAUGCACCCUACGAACCUCGCCCAGGAGGCUUUGAGGCCAACAUGCAUGCCGGCUCCCUCGCAUUCAACGAGACUGAGAAGGCCCGCCAGGCUAAGAUAUACUCGACCGUGCCGACGAUCGUGGAUAUUGUUAUGGAUCGCCCUGCAGUUAUUCCCGAGAUUAUUGAGCAGGCCAAAGCUGUCUAUGCUAGUUACGGCAGUGAUAGCAAUGCGUUCCUGGAUGUGGUCUUUGGUGUGAGCGCCCCGGAGGGAAAGCUACCAUUUGAUUUGCCCAGCUCUAUGGAGGCCGUGGAAGCGCAAAUGGAGGAUGUGCCGUUUGAUACGAGGAAUCCGGUGUUUAAGUUUGGACAUGGGUUGAGGUAUGCUGAUCGGUGUGCGAGUAGCGGUAAGAGUUCCUAG